AUGGCCAUCACGCAUAUUGUGCUCGUCGGCUUCAAGCCAGAUGCCAAGGCCGAGGACAUCGCAAAGUUUUGCACAACCCUCAUGGCCCUCAAGGACAACUGCCUCCACGCCACCACCAAAAAGCCCUACAUAAAGUCCCUGACGGGCGGCAUCAACAAGUCCCAAGAGGGUCACAGCGAUGGUCUUACUCACGGCUUCAUCUUCGAACUCGAGUCCGAGGAGGACAGGCAAUACUUUAUCCAUCAGGAUCCUGCGCACUUGGCACUCUAUAGCCUUGCUGGUUGCGUUGAGAAAUUCAACCUGCUCGCCUUUGUGCCCGGCGUAUUUUGA